AUGGGCCUCGUCGAUUACUCCGAGUCCGACUCAGGCUCCGAGUCAGAAGCCCCCAUCAGACCCGCGCCAAAACCAUCACAGACUACAACCAAGAAGCCGUUCCAAAAAGUCGUCGACCGAUCCAACCCAGGCAAAAUCGUCGUCAACUUGCCACAAGCAACCAGUUCCAGCAAGCCCGACGAACCACCCGCGAAACGAGCGCGCACUACGGGCGGAGGACUCUUUUCAGGACUAAACUCAUUUCUACCGCCGCCAAAGAAUGCAGGGAAGCCCAUUACAAAAUCGUCUGGUAGUGCGCCAUCACGGCCGGGCAUCAACUUGAAGACGAGUGCAGCGCCGGGAUUCAGUCGCGACGCCGACGAUGACAUGGCAGACGCAGAAAGUGGUGAAUCCUCAAUACCGUCCGGGGGCAUGAAUCUACCACCACCGAAGAAACAGGAAGCUGCGCCGUCAAUACCCGAAGGACAAAAACCAGCCGACGAGGUGAAGCUAGUUGGGAAACCUCUCAUGUUUAGACCAUUAUCGGUGGGAUUCAACAACAAAAAGAAGAAGAAUAAGCCAAGCUCUACAACACCAAGCACAACAUCUCCAGCGCCAGCCCAAACACCAGCAAACGGAACACCCCCAGUCCCUGCAGCAGAACCGCCAAAGAAGAAAGUAUCCCUCUUCUCCAUGCACACCGAAGAAGAAGGGUCAGAUCCCACACCCUCCUCAUCCACAGGGACAUACGAACCCCUCUUCGAGUCCGCAUACCAACCGGACAUCAACUCAAACACAUACACCGACUACGCACAGUAUCAAACCCACACCACCGGCAACUCCGCCAACAACCCCGAAUCUCUCGACACCAUCGCCAGUGAUUUAAAUCUCUCCGCAGCAGCACGACGAGAGCUCUUUGGCCGGGACGGAGGCAACUUUGCCGCCAAGAAAGUCGUCAACUUCAACAUGGACAAAGAGUACCAACACAACGAGAGUGUCCGCGCAGCCGGAGACCAGCAGGUCCACAAGGCAGUCCGGUCCAUUCAAGGCGGCGGCAAACACAGCCUCAAGCAGCUGGUGCAGAAUGUGCAGAACCAACGAGACGCGCUGGAGGAUAGUUUUGCGACGGCAAAGAGCAACAAGAGGGCUGCGAGCAGCAAGUACGGAUGGUAG